UCUCAUAUUUAAGGCCUUAAGUUCAUCUUCAAAUGUUUUAUGGUUUAUUUCAUUGGCUAAAAAGCAUCUAUAGAUGAACUUAAGACCGUCUUAAAUAUAAAAUUCGACUAUACUGGCCUAUGUGAGCUAUCGGAGCCCGCCCGUCGCGAGCGUGAGAAACUGAAAAUAGGUUCAGGAAGUACAGAAAGUGUUAGGAAGUGCAAUAUACUCUAAUUUCCGCUGUCGAAUUAUUAAGUUUGAAACAGUAGAUAACCUAAUCUGGACAGAUAUCCUACUCAUGAAUGUAGAUUCUUAUCUAACAAAUAACGUGAUACUGUUGAGUGAUGUAUCAUUAUGCGAAAUUUAAGUAGAAUAUACCAAACUGCAUUGAGGAAAUAUCCUGUGGGUACUCAAGCAGUCCAAGCUGGAAUAUUAAUGGGACUUGGAGAUCAGAUUGCACAAAAUUUUAUAGAAAGUAAUUCAAAACCCAUUGAUUAUGUACGAACAAUGCAAUUUGCUGGAAUUGGUCUAUUGAUCACUGGUCCAGCAACAAGAACAUGGUAUGGAAUUUUAGAUAAAUACAUAGGUUCCAAAGGUUACAUAGUUGGUAUAAAGAAGGUUGCUUGCGAUCAAUUGCUUUUUGCACCAACAUUUAUAGCAGUUUUAUUAAUUACUAUUGGUGUUUGUCAAGGAAAAGAUGUCGAGAAGCUAAAAACUAAACUUGCAAAUGAAUAUAGUGAUAUUUUAAUAAAUAAUUAUAAGCUAUGGCCUAUGGUACAACUUGUGAAUUUUUCCUUGGUGCCUUUAAACUAUCAGGCUUUAGUUGUACAAUCAGUUGCCCUACUGUGGAAUAGCUAUAUUUCAUAUAGGACAAGUUUAGAUGAACAUAAUGGAUUUAGAUAAAUAUAAUUAAGAAAUUAUUUUUUUAGUAAGUAUAACCAAAAUAUAAAAAAUAUUUUAUACUGCUAACCAGUAAAAUGAUUCCUAAAAGCAUUUAUUUUUAAUAUUAAAUCUAUAUUCUCUAUAAAUUGAAUAUUUGUAUUUAAUAUCACUUCUUUUUCAUGUAUCUUAAAGAUAACUUUUAGUAAAAAAAAGUA